CACAUUAUGCAUUUGGAUGAAGUACUGAAGGAACUCAGUGAAUCCCACCUUAAAAGUGAAUCACAUAAGAUGAAAUUUUGGACUCAGAGCAGUAUGAUGGGGGUGCAAAUUGGAGCCCCAGAAUCAUGACAUGUGUGUUUCUAUAAACUGCCAUGCAUCUUCCUGAGAGAUAGACCUGUUCACCUCCAAACUCCACUUCUUGUGUUCCUGUUUUGUUUCCAUUUUGGAUCACAUCUGUGGAGACCAGCUCCAAAGGCAAUGGAGGAAGGGAACAAACUCACAGGACAGAAUGAUGGAAGUCUGAAGGAACUAAAAGAUCUGAGUCACACUCUUACUUCAAGCUGUGGCAACAUUGAGCCUCCACUGAUGGGACCUGUGAGUGAGCAGAGUGUUGAGGCAUAUGUAAAUACGCUCACAGACAUGUACAGCAAACUGGACCAGGACAGUUCUCACAUUGCAAAGCUCUCCUGGAAAGUAUCAAAGCAGCGAAGGACAGGAUUGUGGUGCCGCCAGGCACUAGAGAUCACCAGUAGCAGUGAUAAUUGGGAAUGGCCAAGUAUUGCUUUCAGAAUGCACAUACCCUGGAAAACCAUGGGCAUUUUCAAGAGAUGGAGGGCUCCAACCUCACAGACAUCUGCACCCAGCUCCUCCUGCAAGGGACUUUGUGGAAAAUCUCUGUGGGCAACGUCCAGGAGAGGGCCUUCUUCAUGUUCAACAACCUCCUGGUCUACUACAAGUGGAAAUCCAGGCCUGAAGCUGGGCUUGGAGCGAGAUGCCUACAUCAUGAUCGCAGAGAAGGGGGAGAAGCUGCACCACCUGAUGAUGAGCAAGAAUGUGAACCUGUUCAAGGACAGGCCACAAGCUGAGCACCAUGCCCAAGUGCUUCCUGGGCAAGGCCUGAGCCUGGAGUGGGAGGAGCCCAGGGCUGUGCCUGAGGUCAGGGAGGAGGUGGCUUUACCAGGUCACUCAGCAAAUCAGAGCAGAGAAGGAGGAAUGGGCCAUGCUGGAGGACAUCUGGGUGACCUUGUCAGAACUGGACAGUGUCACCUUCUCCUUUAAGCAGAUGGACAAGAACUAUGAGGCCAACACCAACAUCUUCUACCACAUAGAGGGCAGCCAGCAGGCGCUGAAGGUGGUCUUCUACCUCAAUGGCUACCACUUCUCCAAGCUGCCCUCCAGCCAGGAGAGCAGGGCCAGCCUCCGACUACACACCGC